AUGAGCAACAGUCCGGGACAAACCCCACAGAAUUUAAGGCGAUCCUCGUCAGUACUCAGGUUGUUGCCGGAACAAAUUACUUUUUCAAGGUGA